AUGGUGGACGCCGGGGUAGUCAGCCGGGCGUUGAUCUUCCGCAAGGCAGCCCGCAUAUUCGCCGUGGGCGAAAAACCGGAGCCGGAUCGGAAACCGCGCAGUGGGUCUCGUGUCCGAUUUGUGCAGCCCGAAAAGAGUGAUCACAAACGAAAACAAAGCAGGGGCGAAAAGGGCGGAGAAGAACGGGGACCCAGGGACGAGGAAAGACGGGGACUCAGGGACGAGGAAAGACGGGGACCCAGGAGCAGGGGCGAGGAAGGAUGGGAACGCCGGGGCGAAGAAAGACGGGGACGCAGGAGCGAGGAAGGACGGAAACAAAGGACGGGCGCGGUAAUAAUGGGGAGUCGGGUUUCUAUUGUUCAACCCUUUUAG